AUUCAUUUCAUUGUUACCAUAAUUAUCUCGGACACAGUCAAGUCAGGUAACAUUUUCAAUAUGAUUCCAUUUAUUCUGUUUUUUGUUACUGUAAUUACAAUAUUGUACUAUUAUUCUACAAGAACCCUUCGGUACUGGAAGAACAAAAAUGUCAAAGGCCCAGAACCAAUGGCGCUCUUCGGUAAUUACUACGAAAUGGCAAGAAGAAGAAAAUUCAUCGGUGAAAUAUCUAGGGACGCAUACAACCAGUUUCCAAAUGAAAAGGUAAUUGGCAUGUACACGAUGGUAACUCCCAUAUUACUGGUCAAAGAUCUUGAUAUUAUCAAGCAGAUUUUGAUAAAAGACUUCGAUGUAUUCACGGAUCGUGGAACUGAUUUCAGUAAAGAUGGCCUAGGUGCUAAUCUAUUCCACGCUGACGGAGACACGUGGAGAGUACUAAGAAACUAUUUUACUCCACUUUUCACGUCUGGAAAAUUAAAGAACAUGACAUAUCUCAUGACAGAGCGCGCUGAUAUGUUCUUGGAGCACAUUGACAAAAUUGUCCGUGACCAACCAGAGCAAGAAGUUCACAAACUUAUUCAGAAAUUCACAAUAAGCUCGAUAUCCGCUUGCGCUUUUGGUAUAGACAUGGAUAUUGAGCAAGAUCAUGAGUUUAUGAAGAGUAUCACAGCGUUUGAUAAACUUAUCUUUGAUAUAAGCUACUUCAUCGAAAUAAUAAUGGUGUAUCCUGAUCUUAUGAAGAAAUUUAACACAUCCCUGUUCCCAAAAGCAAUAGUAAACUUUUUCUAUGAUUUAGUCAGAAAAGUAGUGAACGACCGUAAAGGCGUACCUAUCGGUAGGAAAGACUUUAUGGACUUGAUAUUAGAAUUGAAACAACAAGGGGAAAUUAAGGGUACAAGACGAAGUGAUGAAAAAGAGCUGCAACUAGAUUUCAAUGAAGAUGUUAUGGCCGGACAGGCAUUCGCUUUCUACGUUGCUGGAUAUGAAACAAGUGCCACUGCUAUGACUUUUAUGUUAUACGAAUUAGCUCGCAAUGUAAAUGUCCAAGAUAAAAUCUUGGCAGAAAUUGAUGAAGUCCUCGAGAGACACAACGGAAAGAUUACCUACGAUUCUAUUAGCGAUCUAAAGUAUAUGGAAAAAGCUUUCGAUGAGACGCUUCGUAUGUAUCCCGUUCUAGACUCGUUACAGAGGAGAGCUCAAUGUGAUUAUAAAUUCCCCGAUUUAGAUCUGAAAAUUGAAAAGGGACAAGUUAUAUUUAUAUCUCCGCUGGCCAUUCAUCGUGAUCCGAACAACUACCCAGAUCCCGACAGAUUUGACCCUGAGAGGUUUAAUCCAGAAAACGUUAGAGAAAGACAUCCUUGCGCUUACAUACCUUUCGGGCUUGGACCUAGAAACUGCAUUGGUAUGCGGUUCGCCAAAGUCCAGAGUCGCGUGUGCAUGAUGAGGCUUUUAAGUAAAUAUCGGGUGGAAAUGUCUGAAAAAACACCUAGACAGGUCAAACUCAGCCCGCUAAGGCUAAUAGCUAGCCCGUAUGGUGGGAUGCCUUUGAAAAUCGUUCCUAGAAGGCAAUAAUAUCGGUUCACCAAACUUAGGUAGAUACGGCUUACAUUGCUGGAUUUUGGUUGCGGUAAAGAAAACUCUUAUCUUAACUUAUUCUCGUCGGCAUCUGUCCGAGUGCGGCGGGCAGUAGCCGAGAUGUUUAGGGUGCGUUCCAACUUUGACGUUAAUUUUAACCUAGGCAAAAAACGCAAAUUACGCCAUUUCAUAAUUCAUAUCAUUAAACGAAAGCGGCGCGCAGGUUAAAGUUUACGUCAAAAUUGCCUGAUGAAACCCAAUCUUAAAGUUCAGAUAUUUUGGGCUAUUAAUCUAGAAAUUUAGAUAAUAUUUAUAAUAAAAAUUGUAAUAUAAUUUAAAAUUUUGAGAAUGUAUAGACUGAAACAUUACAAAUCAUUUUACAAUGAUUUAAAGUUACGUAAUUGUCGUCUUGAAAAUAAUUUUACCUACAUAGUAAAAAACAUUUUUUAUUAAACUCAUCACCGCAAAAGCAAUGUUUAGGGUCAAUAUCAAACAAGUACACUAUAUUUGUAAAAUUGUAAUCUGAAACGGUUCUCCGACAAUUGCUUCGUCUACGAACGAUUCGCAGAAUGUCUCCUCUAUUCUGUCGGCGAAUCGUACGUAGAUGAAGGGUUCUGCCGUUCAAACGCCCGAUGUCGAAACAUUCUGUCGACGAAACAUUCGUAGACGAAGCAAUUGUCGGAGAACCGUUUCAGACUCGUAAAAUUGCUUGCUUGUGACAUAAGUGACAAUUAUAAAUAGUAUAAAAAUUAUUGUUAUCUCUAUAUUAUAUUCCGGAACUGAGAUAAGACUGCACUGAUGUACUUAAACGUACAAAAAAGUCAGCUUUGAGUUCCAAAUGAUUGUGAUAAUUAUUUAUUGAAUUUGUGAUAGUAGGUAUUUAGAUUAUAAGUAUUUCUUUUUGUAAUAUAUCUUUCUGAAACAUGAUAAGUACGUAAAGAAAAGCGCAAAAGACAUGAUUUUCAUACCAAUUUUCAUCUCCUUUAUUCAUUUUGGGUUUGAUUUUUUUUUUAAUAACAAAAUUGCAUGUGAAGUUAAUUAAUUAAGCAAAUGCGUUAAUGCAUAAUGAACUAAAUUACAAUUCUAUAAUAAUUAGGUCAUCUAUCCAUAUAACAAAAGUUUAUUCAUUAGAAUCUUUUUAUUAUAUGUAAGCAUUAACAGAUAAAUAUAUCACAAGAUUAACGUGUUUUUUUUUUACAUAAUGUAUUUUGAAAGUAUAUAAUUAUGUGUAAGUGACUUUAUAUUAAUGUUUACAUUUAUUGCUUUCUUUCACGUACGUUAUUACGUACGUUAUUUAUCCUUUUUAUACAUAUAUUUUUCCAUUAUAUAUCACUAUGGUAGGUAUUGACGUUUGAUUUAUAUCAUUGCUACUUUUAUUAUCAGAUUCUUUGUUCGUCCUUUUGUA